AGAAAUAUCCUCUAUUGUUAUAAUUGAACACUUGAGUCAUGUUCUUAAUUUUGUGUUAGGGAGUAGAUACGCAAGAUGCUAUGAUGAUGAUGGAUGAUUGUGAUUUUUUGAUGGUCUUGAUUUAUUAUUGGAAAACAAAAAUGUGUUCUUAUGGAUGUUUGAUUUCAAAAUGGAUUAUUCAAUAAAAAGUGAAGAAUAUCAGUGUUGUAAUUCCAUGGUGUACAAUAAAGAUCUAUCUAAUCUAAUAGCUUCGAGAAAGAGAUAAUUAUAAUCAGUCAUAUAUUGAUGAAAUUGCUGUUAAUAUGUUUGGAAUAACAAAAAUCCGGAAUUCAAGCAAGAUAACUAAUGUUAUAGUGAGACAUAAUUUGGCUACAUAAUCCUUUUUUUUUUGUUCUAUACUCACAGAAGUAUUAUAAUUUAAACAUCGAUGAUAACACAGAAAUCUCAUUCCCAAAUUGUGUGUUUCCAGAUUCCACAAUGACUCUCAAGCCAACCCACCUUCUACAAGUCUUCGUCCUUAUCACCACAUUCCAACACAUCCUUUCAAUCGAAGACGGUUACCUCAGAUACGUCAAAGACAGCUGUUUCCUAAGAGGAGAAGCAUUAUCCUGCGUCAAAUACAAAGCUGUCAAAAUAGCUAAGAAAGCAAUAUUUGGAGACAGCUUGAAUAGUAAUGAGACAAUCAAAGCCAAUCAGAUGAUCAGUCUUGUUCCAUUGGAUAAUGAGACGAUAGAAAAGCUUGGUAUCAAAGAUAAUGAAGUGAAGGUUGCCAGUGAACCAAGAGGGUUUCUAUCAGAAUGGGCGGAGCUGGCAAAGUAUUUCAUGAAGCUCUUCCAGGAGUUUUUCAAGGUGAAAGGGAUUAAAGUGAACCUCCCUGAAGGUGCCAGGACUGUGGAAGAGGAAGAAGAUGAUGGUGAUAAUGAAACGAAUGACGCUGAUAUAAGUUUGACUAAAAGUGUCAAAAAACGUGAUACCGCUUAUUUAAAAUCAGCCCGAGGUAAGAAGAAGAAGUUGGCGCUCAUCAUUCCGUUCCUGACGCUACUGGCGGUGAUGAAGAUGAAGCUCCUGCUAAUCCCGAUCCUGCUAUCAGUGCUACUGCUGAAGAAGUUGGCGUUGAUUGCUGCUUUGUUGCUGCCGAGUUUGUUCAGCACUUUGAAGGCUUGUAAGGUAGGCAAGCAUCAACAUCAUCCAAUGUCAUACUCCUACUUCGGGAGCAGCGACACCAGUGACUACGCAGCAGACUACAACAACAACUACGCUUAUUCUGCCAGCGGUGGCUACGGGAAGGACUGGGCGUCGAACAGGGCCUACAAUAUGAUGAAGCACAGGUCUACCCCAUCGCCUGCUUACAUCACGGCGCCGGGAGUCUUAGCUUAGAAAUGCCAUAAGUAUUAUAUUAUUGACUGCUUUCUUCUUUCGUGUCCCUCUUGUCAAAGUUGACGUGGUUAUGUUAAGUUCAUAUUAUUGGUAGAGGAGAAAACGGUUCUUCCCGUGGAUUGACUGCUCUACGUAU